AUAAUAGAGAUGGAAUCUUUUGAGAUAACAAACCAUUCCAUCUUAGAGACAUGUCUUUUGCAGCAUUAACAGUACUAGCUUUCCUUUUCAUCACUUUCACAUACUUCUUAUUCACAUUCUUCUCAAAUCCAAAACAGAAAAACAGUAACCACAAAAAGCCACCAGGUCCACCAACUCUACCAAUUAUCGGAAACCUUCACAUGUUAGGCAAACUUCCACAUCGAAAACUUCAUUCACUCUCCAAAAAAUAUGGUCCAAUCAUGUCCUUACAACUUGGUCAAGUACCAGCUGUUGUCAUUUCAUCUUCAAAAGCAGCAGAAUUGUUCCUCAAAACUCAUGACUUGGUUUUCGCAAGCCGACCAAAGAUUCAAGCAUCUGAGAUUUUCUCUUACGGUUCUAAAGGGUUAGCUUUCUCUGAGUAUGGUCCUUAUUGGCGUAGUGUGAGAAAACUUUGCACUUUGAAACUUGUUUGUGCUUCUAAAGUUGAGAAGUUUGCUCCUAUUAGAAAACAAGAGUUGGGUGUUUUAGUUAAAUCUUUGGAGAAAGCUGCUUUAGUGGGUGAGAUUGUGAAUGUUAGUGAGGUUGUAGAGAAUACUAUAGAGGAUAUUGUGUAUAAGAUGGUGUUGGGUAGGUGUAAGUAUGAGCAAUUUGACUUGAAGAGGUUGGUUCAACAAUCAACGGCUUUGGUUGGAGCUUUUAAUCUUGCUGAUUAUGUUCCUUGGCUUGGCACAUUUGAUAUUCAGGGAUUAACACGAUCUUGCAAGAAAGUUAGUAGAGCAAUUGAUAAGGUACUAGAGGUGAUAAUAAGAGAACAUGAACAAGAUACUAAUAUAGACAAAACUCAUCAUGAAGAUUUCACAAACAUACUUCUUUCAAUAGUACACCAAACUAUUGAUCAGGAGAGUGAACCAAAUGAUACCAUUGAUCGAACUAAUAUCAAGGCUAUUUUACUCGAUAUGUUAGUGGCAACAAUAGAUACAUCUUCUAAUUCGAUCGAGUGGACUUUAUCUGAACUUUUCAGGAAUCCAAGAGUCAUGAAAAUCUUGCAAGAUGAAAUACAAAAUGAAGUAGGAAAUAAAAGAAUGGUUGAAGAGAAAGAUUUGAAGAAGUUGAAUUAUUUAGAUAUGGUGGUUGAUGAAACCUUAAGACUUCAUCCUGUUGCACCCUUACUAGUCCCUCGUGAAUCUAGAGAGAGCAUAAUAGUAGAUGGUUAUUUUAUAAAGGAAAAGACACGAGUUAUAGUAAAUGCAUGGACAAUAGGAAGAGAUCCUAAUGUUUGGUCUGAAAAUGUUGAAGAAUUCUAUCCGGAGAGAUUUAUGGAUAAGAAAAUGAAUUAUCAUGGACAAGAGUUUGAAUCAAUACCAUUUGGAUCUGGUCGUAGGCGUUGUCCUGGGAUUCAAUUGGGUUUGACUAUUAUUAAACUUGUUAUAGCACAAUUGUUACAUUGUUUUAAUUGGGAACUUCCAUAUAACAUGAGUUCUUCUAAUUUGAAUAUGGAAGAGGAAUUUGGACUCUCAAUGCCUAGAGCUCAACAUUUACUCGCAAUACCGAGAUAUCGUUUGGUUGACGUCGAGCUUGAAUAAGUAUAAAAAUAGACUGUAUGUGUAUUCAAUAAGAUUACUACCGAUAAAGAUGCAAUAUUGUAAACAUUAUGUUUUUUGGGAUGAAGUAAGGGAUUACAUGGUCCCAUUUUACAAAAAGUACAUUAAAUUGAGAGAAAAAAUAUUUACAUAUUGUUUGGGUAAAAGAGUUAGGAUUUAUGGAUUAUGUUAAGUGCUGACUUUUUAGUAU